AUGGAUACCUUCCUCUUCACUUCGGAGUCUGUCAAUGAAGGCCACCCCGACAAACUAUGUGACCAAGUUUCAGAUGCCAUUCUUGAUGCUUGCCUAGAGCAAGAUCCAGAAAGCAAAGUUGCAUGUGAAACCUGCACAAAGACCAAUAUGGUCAUGGUCUUUGGAGAAAUCACAACCAAGGCCACCGUAAAUUAUGAGAAGAUAGUUCGAGAUACCUGCAGAGGGAUUGGAUUCAUUUCACCUGAUGUUGGCCUUGAUGCUGACAACUGCAAGGUCCUCGUUAAUAUCGAGCAACAGAGCCCUGACAUUGCCCAGGGAGUUCAUGGUCAUCUCACUAAGAAACCUGAGGAAAUUGGAGCUGGGGACCAAGGACACAUGUUUGGCUAUGCCACUGAUGAAACACCAGAACUCAUGCCACUCACUCAUGUCCUUGCCACCAAGCUUGGGGACAAGCUUACUGAAGUGAGAAAGAAUAACACUUGCCCCUGGUUGAGACCUGAUGGUAAGACUCAAGUUACUGUUGAGUACAAGAAUGAUGGUGGUGCCAUGGUUCCUAUUAGAGUUCACACUGUCCUCAUCUCAACCCAGCACGAUGAAACUGUUACAAAUGAACAGAUUGCUGAUGAUUUGAAAGAGCAUGACUCCCUUAGAGAUGCGGGAGCUUAA